UCUCAGGUGUGUUUAGAUACAUCACCUCUAAACUCCUGUAGCUUCUCUACUCAGAACACCUCAGUCCUGAUUCUUCAUCCUGCAGUAAAGUAGUGUAUAUCUGUAAUAUAGUGUUUCUGAGUGUGAAUAUUAGUGAUGAUAUAUUAGUGAGUACAGUAUUAGAGUCUCUAGUUUAGAUCCUGUUGGUUCCUCUAUGCUGGAUAUAAGAUGAGAUUGAGAGGGUUGGGUUUGGAGGUUCUACAGGUUCUGUUUGGAUCCUGCAGCACAUUUAGCCACAGAUGUUGCUACAGCUGGGCCUGUAGAUCCUGUAGCUCUACACUCGUAGGUUGAAGCUGAAGCUGAGUCCCAGCUGCUUCAUAAAUGCUGGAUUGGUGAUAAAUCUGGAGAUCUGCAGGACGAGGAAGUGCUGCAAUCUGGUGGAGACUGUGUUCCUGGGAAACCCUUGCUGUGUGUGGGUGAACAUUAUCCUGCUGAAAAAAUCAGUCUGAUAAAUCCUCCUCUAUAGUGAUACGAGGCUCCCUUCACUCCUUCAUGCUUUUACUCUUUCCCUCUUUUACUCCUUUACUGUUUCACUCCUUCAGUCCUUCACUCUUAUCUGUUCUUCAUAUUCUUUGUGUUUUUCUCUAGCAGAGCUAUACAGUAUAGUACCGUGUGGGUGUAGUGUGUGUGUAUAGUAUAGUAGAGUAUAGUAAAGUAUAGUGUGUGUAGAGUAGUAUUGUAUAGUAUAGUGUGUGUAGAGUAGUAUAGUAGAGUAUAGUAUAGUGUGUAGAGUAGUAUAGUAUAGUAGAGUAUUGUACAGUGUGUAGAGUAGUAUAGUAUAGAAGAGUAUAGUAUAGUGUAUGUAGAGUAGUAUAGUAGAGUAUAGUAGAGUAUAGUGUGUGUUUUUGGCACGUCAGUGGGAGUUGAGACAGGCUGGUGCUCUCAGGGAUCAGAGUUCAGGAGAUAAAGCUCAUCCCUCGCUCUCUGUCUGAACUCCAUCUGCUGCAGCUCUGAUGGACAGAUUACAGAUAAAAGAAUAAAACCUCCUCUCUGAAACAUGUGUUCUGUUCUUCCUCUUACCCUUUCCUGUUCUUCCUUUUCUUGUUUUCUUGUGUUGUUUUCCUGUAUUAACAGUGUGAGAGAGGAUAGAGGAACCUGGACUCAUCAGAACCUCCUGAGAGAAGAAGGACCUGAAGAUGCAGAACAAUCAGAUUAUCAGACUCUGGGAAUAUAUGCUCCUCUAGAAACACUGGGUCCCGGGAAUAAAGCAUUAUGGGAUUACAGGACACCGGGAAUGUAAACUCCCUGCAAUAUUGUCUUUUUGGGAUUACAGUUUUAGUAAUACGGGAAUAUAGAGGACUGAGACACUACAUAUCUGAUCAUUUAGGAUUAAUUCAGAUUAAUGAAUCACUCUCAGAUUAUAAAUCACCUGAAAACAUAGAGUCCUGAUUAUACAGGACCUUGAGAAUAUAGUCUCCCGUUGGAACAUAGGGUUCUGGCAAUAGAGAACCCUUAGAUUAUGGAACUAUGAGAAUAUAUACCAACUGAGAACAGAAACUACAUUAAUACAUACAUUUAAUAUAGAAGAAUAAAAUAUAUACAGAACCCUGUGUAUAUGUGCUUCCUCAAAACAUACUCUUCUGGGUGCAUAGGAUGUAUAAGAUAUAUGGGUAUAUAUAUAUAUGUAAAUAUAGUCUCUUUUAGGAACAUAGAGUACUCAGAUUACAGGGUCCUGGUAAUUUAGGACACUGAGAGUAUAGACUACUGGGUGUACAGGACCAUAGGGAUAUAGCCCCUGAUGGGAACACAUGGUGCUGCAAAUAUAUAACCCCUGAGAACAUAAACUCCUGGGUAUAUUUGACCCUAUACAUACAUGACCUUGUGAAAAUAUGGCCCUGGAGAUGUAGGCUUCCUGGGAACGCAGGGUCCUGGAAACAUGGCCCUAUAAUGGGAGAACCCUGGAGAUAAAGCCCUCAGGACUCCUGGAAUAUAGCAGCUCUGAAUUUCAGGAAUAAAGGGUCCCGAGACUAUCAGCCCUUAAUAACUAAUGAAUUAAGCAGAAAUAAAGUCUUAAUUAAAUUCCCUGCAUCCUGUAAUCUCUCAGGCAGCUUCAGCAGGACAGAUCUCUGCAGGACACGCUGGUGCUGGGUUUAGUUUCACCUGUAAAGACCUCAAAAGUGCACUUAAUAUAAAAAAGCUAAAUCUCCCAAAUCUCUUAAUCCUGUAAAUAUAUUUACUGCUGUUCCAUUUAAUAUCAUACCAGUGGCUCCCCCUUGUGUCCGUGCUCCUGCACUGCAGACACCUCUCUCACGUGGCCUGGUGUGUGUGUAUGUGUGUGUGUAUAAGUGUGUGUGUGUGUGUGUGUGUGUGUGUGUGGUGGUCUGCUAAAUGCAUGUAAAAUCUUUUAAAGCUGUUCCAGAGAUGUGGGUCAGCGGUUUGGGGGCGGAGCCGGGCAUUAAUGGGAGUGGCACUGUUGUGUGUGUGUGUGUGUGUGUGUGUAAUGUGUGUGUAUAAUGUGUGUGUGUGUUUAUGUUAGUGUGUGUGUGUGUGUGUGUGUAGGCUCUGGUGAUGGAGCUGCAGAGACACGGUGUGUUCAGGAAGGUGGAGGUUCAGGAUCAUGUUCACUACACCCUCGCCUUCAUCAUCCUCAUCGUCGGGACGCUGGGAGUGGCGGGAAACACACUGGUUAUAUUCGCUUUCUGCAGUAACAGGAAGUUGCGUACGCUGCCGAAUUUCUUCAUCAUUAACCUGGCGGUGAGCGACCUGCUGAUGGCGCUAACACAGUCUCCAGUGUUCUUCAUCAACUGCCUGCACACCCAGUGGAUGAUGGGGGAACUGGGUUGCGAGAUCUACGCAUUCUGCGGCGCUCUGUUUGGGAUCAGCUCUAUGAUAACUCUGCUGGCGAUCUCUGUGGACCGGUACCUGGUCAUCACCCGGCCGCUGCAGGCCAUGCAGUGGAACUCCAAAUGCAGAACCUUCAUCAUCAUCACCCUCGUCUGGAUCUACUCGCUGGCCUGGAGCCUCGCUCCUCUGAUUGGCUGGAGUGCGUACGUGCCGGAGGGUCUGAUGACGUCGUGUACGUGGGAUUACGCUUCGCCGGCGGCGGGGAACCGGAGCUACACGCUGUCGCUCUGCUGCUGCGUCUUCUUCAUCCCACUGAUCAUCAUCCUCUACUGCUACACCUGCAUGUUCCUCUCUGUACGGAGAACCAGCAGGGAUGUGUGCAGGUUGGGUUCUCAGGUGAGGAAUGGGGGCGUGUCUCGUCUGCAGCACAGUGUUCGUACGGAGUGGAAGUUGGCGCAGAUCGCCGGAGUAGUGAUCAGCGUGUACGUGCUCUCCUGGGCUCCGUACGCCUGCGUGACGCUGGUGGCCUCGGCCGGGUACGCUCACCUGCUCAACCCCUACUCUAAAACUCUCCCUGCGGUCAUCGCCAAAGCCUCCGCCGUCUACAACCCCUUCAUCUACGCCAUCAUCCACUCCAGAUACAGGGCGACUCUAGCGGUGAAGGUCCCCGGUUUGUCAUGUUUGUCCAGUCCUGAGGGUAAAGGUCGUCUCUCCUCCUCCAAUAGCGAGUCGUCUCUCAGCAGACAGUGCAGCCUAUCCAAAAACAGAGUUCACACCACCUCCACCUGCACCAAGGUGAUUGGACAGAUGGAGCUGGACCUGAUUGAGAGCAGGUUGGCGUCGUUCAGACAUUCAUACAGACAACAGAGCAUCACCAAGUCCAUCAGUCUCACACACACCCGGGCUGCAGUGUGUGUGAGAGAGUCGUUCAGUCUUUGUGAACAGGAUCUGGUCUCCGGGUCUCUCGCCAUGGCGACCGCUCCCACCAGGAGGGCAUCAGUAGGAGUGGCUUCUGGCACAACCUUUGACCCCACGAGUGACCCCGGAGAGACCCAAAGCCCCCCAGAAUCUCCCAGAAUUCCCCUCAGCCCAAGCCCCGCCUCUGAGAGCAGCCUGUCCCACCCGUGGCAACGACCCACCUGA